AUGUCUUCUGUGUGGAAGACCCCCCGUGCAUCAGAUGCAAUGCCUGAGACUGUGGUGAAAAUCAUCGGAAGUAAACACUUUCGGUUCCUUGUGGAGAAGCCGACGAUCAAGGAGAAGGAGAACUUGAAGGCAGACACUCAAAGAGUGUUCCAGAAAUCUGUGACAGAUAAUGCAAGGCAGAUGAACAGAGACCCCCCAGCUCCUAGUAAUCUCACUGAUCAUCAAAUCAGUCAUGGCCCAGAAGAAAUGCAAGAGAACAAGCCCCCCACAGACAAUCAGAAACUCCUAAUGGGAGCACUCGGUCGCAGACUUCUGGAUGGCAAAGCAAAUGUUCACUGCAGCUCUGUACCGACUGGAGACCAGUCCCUGUCCUAUAUCCAUGGCCUCCCCAGGAAAAAACUUAGAGACUGGUCUUCAGAGCAGAUGGAAAGGGUACGCUCUGACCAGCCAGAGGAUAUUGGCCAGAGGCUAAGUGGAAUGACAAAAGAAGAUACUUUUCUUCUCACCCUAGUCAGAAGAGAACUCGAGUCUCGCUCUUUGAGUUCUGGUUUAUUAGACAAGCUUCAAAAAGAGCUGAAAAUCCUGGAUCCCAUCGCUUCUGGAUUUCUUCUUCAGUCUCAGCUGAGCCACCUCUUCCUGAGGCAUGAAGUCCCUCUGCAGUUACCAACAGUCAAGAUCCUCUGCCAGAGAUUUGCCAGGAGUGGCUCUCCUAAAAUGGUGGAUUAUGAGAAGCUACUCUGUUUUCUAAUAGUGGCAGCCUCAGAUGAUCCACAGCAAAGCAGAAGAGCCGUGGACAGCAACCUGAGGGAAGCUCAGGGUGGUACCCAUCACAGCGAAAGUGCUGCCCCUCAACACGCCGACUCGCCAUCGGAAGUGGCCAGCAGCCUGCUGGAGAUUCUAAAGCUGGCACUCAGCACAGCCAACGGCAAGCUCAACCUAGAGAGCCUCAGUCGGAGUUUUCGAAAAGAAGACCACGCGUUGUCCGGCUUCCUGCCCCUACCCAAGGUCAGGGCUAUCUGUGGGAAACAUGGAUUAUAUCUGACUUUGAGCCUUCUGGAAACAUUGCUCAACCAUCAAGAUUUGGCUUACCAAAAUGAAAUAAAAUGGCAGAAUUUUGUUGAGUUGUUGAGCAGAGCUUCCUCUAAUUUGUCUUCUGCUUUGCCUACAGGAAAGGAAGGAAAGGAAGCCUCUGCCACCACAGUGCAGGCUGAAGGCCCUGAGAUGUCUCAAGGCAAAACCGAACAUAUGAAAUCUCCCAAAGAAGAGCUGCAGCCAGAAACCUUUCCUGCUGAGAUUUCAGACCCCAAAGAUACCCUGAGCUCUUUGAAGAUCAGACCAGUCUCACAGCCAUUUGGGAGUCCAGUGAUGGAGAACAAAUCUGAAGAAUGUGAGAUGUGGAUUGACAGGUUCAGAAAGCUAGAAAAUGCCCUCUAUCUGUGUGAUCUGAGUAAUACAGGAGUCCUGGAGAAGGAACGAGCCAGGCGCCUCAUUCACAACUACAACCUCAUUUACAACCUGUCCCUGAGCCCUCGGAAAAUCGACCAGGCCUUGAGGAGAUUCCGUUCGGGAGAAAAUAUGCUCUUGGAACCAGCACUCCAGUACUUAAAGGAGCUAUGA